AUGGAAAGGGAAGACGCCAGGGUCAAGAGUUGCGGACUGAUCAAGUAUGCGACGUAUCUCGACUCCUACCAAAUAUCAAUCCUGGUUCGAGCGAGACCUCAGCGCCGGUACCAACACGACCACGACGGCCUCAUUAGGGGGAGGCACAAUAUCCUUAUUUGGAGCAAACAGGUCUACGGUAUGGUCUCGAAGACAGUAUCGCGAUAA